AACAUGACUACAUUUGAUCUGCUUGGGGACGCAGAUCCGCUUUCAAUCAUAACUCUGACCCCAUAAAGCAGUGUGUGUAUUUAUUCCCCUCAGCGUGGGGCGUCCACUCCACUCCACGCCACUCCACCACCUAUACCGCUAAUCCCUGGAUCCUUUGAGUAGGACCGUGAUUUGUAGGGCGGUGUUGCCAGGGGAAAGGUGGUGGUGGCGGCGGCGGCGCUUGGAUCCUGUUGGAAAUGACAGCUGAGGAGGGUGGACUGGAGCUCGGGGACCAGAGAAGCAGCAGAGGCAGGAGAUAGCGAAGAAAGUGCAGCACUUCGCCGUUUUUAAAAGGGGUUGCAGAGAUGGAGUCGCUAAUGAACGCGGUGACGCCGCGCUCGCCGGCCCCCGUCAAGAAGCUGUCCGAGGUGGACUUCCGCUCAGGGGCCACCCUGGAGCAGCUGUCAGCGCAGGUGUCAGAGCUGGUGCUGCUGGAGCAGGGGGAGUUUGGAGACCAGACGGCCUUAGAGGUCCACACUGCCAAGGACUUUAUCUUCAACAUGCUCGGUUUAGUCCAGAAGGUCGACCAGCGCCUCCCGGUGGCAAACGAGUACCUCCUUUUAUCAGGCGGGGCCCGAGAAGGCGUCCUGGACCUCAACCCGGAGGACCUGGGGGAGUACGCCAAAGGGGCCGACUUCGACUUGGAUUUCACCCUCCUGGUUCCCGCGUUGAAGCUUCAUGACCGCAACCAGCCGGUCACGCUUGAUAUGAGGCACUCGCCCCCAUGCCACUCGUGGCUCAGCCUGCGCCUCUGCGACUCCAACGUCCUGUCACGCUGGAGCAUCUGCUGCCAGGAGGAGAGUGGGCUCCCUGUUGAGGAGGACGAGGAGGAGGAGAUGGGGAAAGGCUCCAUCCCCUCCCUGGGCUCUCCUCAGUCCCUGGACGGGUGCUACUUCUCCCCCACCUUGGUGACAGACUGGUUCUGGGGGGUCGUGAGCGAGGCUGUGGAAGAGCUGAGACGCAGCCCCCAGAGAGGCAUCCCAACCCCUGAACGGCUGGAGAGGAACGGACCCCUGACCACCAUCAUCCUUCAGGCGGGGUCCAGCCGGGUUCUGUAUGACCUGCUGCCUGUGGUGUCGUUUCGGGGAUGGCCCGCCGUGGCCCAGGGCUGGCUGACAGCCAACCACUUCUGGGACGGUAAAAUCACAGAGGAGGAGGCCAUAUCUGGCUUCUAUCUGCUGCCCUGCUGCUCCCCGCUGGGCGGUCGGCCCGACAGGGAGUGGAGGCUGGCCUUCUCUCGCAGUGAGGUUCAGUUGAAGAAGUGCAUCCCCUUCCCCAUGGCCCAGGCUUUCCAAGCAGCCAAGGCGGUUCUGUCCCGCAUUCUGGCCCGUCCCCGAACAGGCCUCAGCCUCUACCACCUGCGCACCCUUCUGUUUUGGGCUUGUGACAGACUCCCCGCCGCCUACCUGUCCUGUCCCGAAGCGGACACACCUGGUCGCCUCCUCUUGGGUCUCCUGGACGACCUGGCUCACUGUAUCCUGGGGAAAAACUGCCCAAACUACUUCCUGCCUCAGUGCAACAUGCUGGAGCACCUGAGUGACAGCCAGGCGCUGCUCGUUGCCAGGAAGCUGGCUCACGUGCGCUCAGAUCCCAGCGAGCACCUACGGGCGGCUUUGGACCAGGCCCGGCAGGCGGGGCAGCUAAAGAAAGAGCUGACGGCCAGCACCAACGGCCACGGGUCACCCGGGCACCACCCUGCCAACGGCAUCAUCUCACCCUCUGAGGAUAAGCUAGCUCAGCGGCUGCAGCAGCUGGUGACGGAGAACCCAGGGAAAUCCAUAUCGGUCUUCCUGAACCCCGACGACGUGUCCAGGCCGCACUUCCGCAUCGACGACAAGUUCUACUGAGUCGUCAAGGAAAUGCCUGUGAGUUUAUAUCCAAGGGAGGGUGACCCCGCUGCUUGACUAAGUCUUAAAACCAAAAUAAAAUAGACAAACACACUUCCUUUGGGGGAAAACUGCCGUCCAGUUAUCUGGAUGUCACCGAGUUGUCGCCACGGCGAUAAGUGUCUCCUAACGAGCUGGCCUUAAGGAGACCAAACAGCUGUAGCUUGGACAUGAAGCGCCUGCUUUAAAACAAGAACCAGAGACUGUGUGUACAUGUUUGCCUUAGGGAGUCGGACUGUGACGUGCCCCUCUACAGAAAUCAUCCAAUUCAUCACAGCGAGCGAUUGACGAGUCAGAAAUGGAGGAAAACGAGCUGAUGAAACUGAUUGUAAUGUUGUGAGGAGAGCUGUGAGAGUCUCUAUGAAACUCCUUUUCAUUUACACUCAGUUUGUGCGACUGUUUAACUUUUCUCAGGUAUGCACAACAUUUUAGAAGUAGUUUUUUUUUUCAUUCUGUUCAAAACCCAAAAUAACAUGAAACUACUGAAAUUACCCGGAUCGUACCAAAGAACAGUGAAUUGAUUGUUUGACAAAAAAUGUUCUUCUCUGAACAUUUCUUUGAUGAGGCUACGGCGCAGGAAUCUAGCAGCAGAAUCGGUUCCUCAGAGGAUUCGAGAAAACAAAUCAAAUUGAUAGAAACACAUAUUUUCUGAACUGGAGGAAGGUUUUAAGCUAGUUAGCUUUCCAUCGUUUUUAGGGACCUUUCUCUGAUGUAAUGAAACUGCUCGUCAGAGAAUCCAUAAGCUUUCUAAAUCUUUUGAGUUCUGGUUUUAAUGUCAACAAAAAUCUAAAUCCUUGCGUUUUUCUCUACCGUUUGAAUGUGUUUGAAGGGUUAUGGUUAAAUUGAGGAGGAAAGAAGAAGUUGAACACAUUUUAGAUUUUUAAACCAAAUUCUCUUAUUAAAAUCCUCAACAUGGGGG